UGAUUACAAUGGUACGAAUUGUGAUCAUUAAUCUUUCUUGAGGUUCAGUUGCUGUGUGGAUAGGCUGUAUAUAUGUGGGAUAGCAUCGAAAGCUAUGUGACUGGGUUUAGAAUAUUUCCUGAGAAGUUUACAAGAUGUUUGAACAACGAACCUCGUAACUUUCUUUGGACUAUAAUUCUACCACAAAUAGUCAGACCGCAUGUACGACUGCUGUGAAAAGGGGGAUUACCGAUCGUUAGCAGGAAAAAAUCGGGCAGAAUCACAGUUUCCAGUCAGGAGAUUUUGCCAUUGAUUGGAAGUUUUUCUGAAGAAAAUACACUUCAUAAGUCGUAUUUUUGGUCCAUGCAGUAUAAACGAGAAAACAGUUUAUUUUUAUUCAUGAAGAGUAAUAACUGGAGGUUUGCAAGACACUGCGAGACAUAGGGAACAUUGCUCUCAUGUCGAGCGUUGUUUUGAUAAUUGGUUUUUGGACCAUUUUAUUCAUUUCUAAUGCUUUACUAAAGAAUUAUAGAAAAUACUCGCGAAGAUAUAAAGAGUUUCUGGAAAAUAAUGGUAUUUCUUUGUCAAUAUGUCAAGUGCGCUGGUACACCACAAGCUUUAACAGAUCAUUUGUCAGAUUUGGAAAGAUGCACCCUUAUUUAUUGCAUGUGUGGUUUUCUGUGGGAGUUGUAGUUGGUGUACUGUUGAUGUUUGCUUCCGUUGUCAUCCUUUGUCUCACUUUGUACAAAGCCUUUGCCAAAGAUGCACCAGAGCAAGUGUUAACUCCAGUGAUGCCAGGAGUGAAUGUACCUUGGAGUCAAGUGUUGUACUAUCUCGUCACAUUGACAGUCAGUGGUGUUUUCCAUGAAUUUGGACAUGCUAUUUCUGCUGUCAGGGAACAAGUGCGUGUGAAUGGAUUUGGAAUGUUCUUCAUGGCUGUUUACCCUGGUGCCUUUGUAGAUCUGUACACUGAACAUUUGACUGUCAUCUCUCCAUUGCGUCAACUGAGGAUCUAUUGUGCUGGCGUUUGGCAUAAUUCUGUGCUUGUGAUAAUAGGUCUGGUGUUACUGUGGUCUCUACCUUCUUUGUUGGUUCCCAUUUAUGCAACUGGUCAGGGUGCUGUGGUAUUGAAUGUUUUAAAAGAAUCCCCAGUGCAUGGUAGUAUAACACGUGGUGACACUGUCUUGUCACUAUAUGGAUGUCAGGUGUAUAACAAAGAGGAUUGGAACAGUUGCAUAAGUAAAACACUCAGGUCACCCCAACAUGGUUACUGCACAGAUAUGCUGACCAUCAUCAGGAAGAACUCUUCUAAAGGUGCAAUAUUCAGUGGAGGAGUCUAUGACUGCUGUCAGAAUUCAACAUCAUCAAGGUUCUGUUUUAAUUAUCAGUCUCUGAGCCACUCAAAGGGUCAUGCAUGUCUCCCAGCAAGAAGCACAAUGCAAUCCAGACAACUUUGCAGCCUACCAACAGACUGUGAUGGGCCAGGUGAUAAAGUUUGUGCUCAUCCAUCUCUGGAUAACUCCAGUCGUCUUUUGAGAAUCAUACGAAGCAAGGGUGCAGAUGUGCUGUAUGUUGGUGACCCUUUACUCCUUCAGUACACAAUUGGAGUGAUCAAUUAUCUACCUCGAAGUUAUCUUCUACCCAUGGAAAUUCCAAACAUGCUAGAGAUGUUUUUAAUAUAUUUGGUUUCUUUAUCUGGUGCUUUAGCAUUGCUUAACAUGGUUCCUUGUUAUUCACUGGAUGGUCAGUGGGCAUUAUUUGCUCUUGUGGACCACACACUUACAUCAUUUAUACCAAAUGAAGAUCAGAGGAACAUGUUGUGUAAUAUCAUUCUCACGCUAGGAACUCUGUUGCUGGCAGCCAACAUAACACUGGCUUUGUGGACAUUAGGAAGUGCAUAGACAGUGAAAAGCAAUUUUCAUUUCUCCAUUCAUCUGUGUACAAGACAGUUGCCAGAAGAUUUGUCAAGAACAGUCUUCAUGUUUCAUAGAAAUAAUUGCUUGACAAUGGACAUCUGAAGGGAAACUGUCUUUCUGAGAGUUAAAGAACUGGAAAAGAACUUUGAAAAAAAAAAAAACAGAUAAGAUGAUUACCUGAGGAGAAAUAUUAUGCACUUGUUAACUCACUGAAGGGCCAGACAGGAAAGUAUUUGGCUUGAGAUCAAGAAGUCUUUGUAUCAUGACUGAGUGCCAAAAAUUUCCUCAUGUGGCCCAACCAGAUUCAUUCAUUAGCUAUUUCAUCAUAUGAACACCAAGUUUUUCAAAAAUUUUGAAAUCAUGUUUGAAGGUUACAUUAAUUUAUGUAAGAUGGGCACAUGCUGGAUGGCUACAAAAGAGGUUUAUCUCUUGGAGUCAGAUUUCAUUGAAAAAUGCAAUCUAUCUUCUCAUUUUAGACUUUUUUCUUUUAAGGUUAACUCCACCUUUUACAUUAUGUUCUUGGAAAAUGUAUCAGAUUUGUGAAAGUGCAGGGACUAGUUGGCCUUUUUUGUCAUGGCACUCCUGAAACUGUUCAGAUAUUCACUCAUCAGUAGUCCUUAUGGUUUUCCACAGGAUUGCCUGAGUGGGGCUGUACCAGUCAUUUGACAUUUGAGCAUAUUUACGUACCACCUGGUGGGCUAAAUGUGUAUAAAGGCUUUCUGAUUGAAAAUGUGUACUAUGCAGAUGGUUAAAAAUCUAGAGUUCUCCUUUGUAGAGUCUUCAACUGGCAAAUUUGUCUCUACUUCUGUCAGAGAUCAACAUUUCUUCCACUCGGAAUUCUGUGUUGGGGAGUACCUUGAAUGUUCAUAAUUUCUAAUGCAGGGUUCAAACUUGGGUGAUAUUUCACAGAUAAUUUAAGCUGGGUAUAUUAAGAGAUGUGAAGUCUAAAAGUGAAGGUAUAUGAUGUACCAUCAAUAUUGGGGGUCAGACUUGAUCAAUAAAAUGAAAUUUAGUCAUUUGCUUUGGAUACAAUUUGGAUACUAAUAACAAAAAAAAAUUAACAAAGCUAGUCUGCUUUGUACCUUUUUCUUUUCUUCUUGUAAUCUCAACAAAAGGUUUCAGUGUCUCAAUUGUCAGAAUCUUUGUCAUUAUGAAAUACCACUACAUAAUUUACUCAGCUACAUGUGAUCAAGCCCUUAACUUGUCUUAUCAACCUGAGUUUCAGUGUAUAACAGGUCAGCCUUGAUACCUUUCUUUCAUCUGUAACUCAUCCAAAAGUAAAGUCAUCUCACAAAUUCAAAAAUAUUUAUUAAUUAAUUCGAAUAUUAUUCAAAUAUUUUCAAAUUAUACUACACCUACCUUGAAAGUAGCCUUUCCACUUAGACACUCUUUGGUCCUAACUACACACGAGUGUUGGCUUCCUAAAGAGUGACUGUGCGGCAGGCUACUUAGAAAUGGAAAAUUAGCAAAUAUUAAAUAGUAAUUAUUGAUAGGAUCAAGUUGUUUAAUAAAUAUACCAUCCUGAUAAAUGGAUGGAAACUGGUGA